AUGGGAAGUGAGUUUGAAAUGAGUAUAAUAGAGGAACUGAACUUCUUCCUGGGUCUUCAAGUGAAGCAGUCCAUAAAGGGAACAUGUAUCAGUCAGCAGAAAUACAUCAAAGAACUUCUUAAAAGGUUUGAUAUGGAAGCAUCAAAGGUGAUUGAUACCCCUAUUUCUACUGCUACUAAGCUAGACAUGAAUGAUUCUGGAUCACCUAUAAAUCAAACAAUGUAUCAAGGAAUCACUGGAUCUCUACUCUACCUUACUGCCAGCAGGCCAGACAUUAUGUUUAGUGACAAUUUCAACCUUAUUGGUUAUGCUGACGCUGAUUAUGCAGGUUGUUUGGUGGAUAGGAAAAGCACAUCUAGAAUGGCUCAUUUCCUUGGCUCAUGUCUAAUCUCAUGGGGUACAAGGAAACAAAAUUCAGUAGCACUCUCAAUAGCUGAAGCAAAAUAUAUUGCAGUUGCCUCGUGA